GACCUGCCCGCCCCCGCGCCGCGCCCCGCGCCCGACAAGGGCCCGGACAGCCGCAUCCGCCGGCCCAUGAACGCCUUCAUGGUGUGGGCGAAGGACGAGAGGAAGCGCCUGGCCGUGCAGAACCCCGACCUGCACAACGCCGAGCUCAGCAAGAUGCUAGGCAAGUCCUGGAAGGCUCUGUCCCCUUCCCAGAAGAGGCCCUAUGUGGAGGAGGCGGAGAGGCUAAGGGUGCAGCACAUGCAAGAUUACCCCAAUUACAAGUACCGGCCCAGGAGGAAGAAACAAGUCAAGCGCAUCUGCAAGCGGGUGGACCCGGGAUUUUUGCUGGGGAACCUCUCCCGAGAUCAGAACUCGGUGCCGGAGAAGCGGACCUGCAGCAGGGCGGCAGGAGAGAAAGAGGGGCAGGGUGAGUACUCGCCUCGCCCCGUGCUGCAGAGCAUCAGGGGAUACAGGGAGGUUCAGGCCAGCAGCAGCAGCAGCAGCAGUGCCAGCGCCAACAUGGACACUUACCCCUACGGGCUGCCCACCCCGCCUGAGAUGUCUCCCUUGGACGUGAUAGACCCUGAGCAGAGCUUCUUCUCGUCCCCCUGCCCAGAAGAGCAUUGCCACCCCCAUAUGCCAGGGCCCACCUACUCCCCAGAGUACUCGGCCAGCCCCCUCCAAUGUAACCACCAUCCCCUUGGCGCCAUACCCGUGCCCCAGCCUGGCACUUCCAUGAUCCCUGCGGUCUCCAGCUGCCCACCCCCUCCUCCUCCGCCGCCUCCCAGCUACUACGCGCCAGCCUUUCACCCCCUCCACACCCCGAACCUCCACGCUCACCUGGGCCAGCUUUCCCCGCCGCCGGAGCAUCCCGGCUUCGACAGCCUGGACCAGCUGAGCCAAGCCGAGCUCCUCGGGGAGAUGGACCGCAAUGAGUUCGACCAGUAUCUCAACACCCCCGGCCACCCUGAGCACAGUGGGGUGUUAAUCGGCGGACAUGCCCAGGUGCCCCAGGCUGCAGGUGGCUCUCACUCUUCGGAGACAAGUCUCAUCUCUGUCCUAGCAGAUGCCACGGCUACCUACUACAAUAACUAUGGCAUCUCUUAGGCCAGGAGGCACGGGCCCCGUGGACUGGCUGAGGAAAGACCCUACAGUAUUACUGGCAUUGCUCCUUGCAGACAGCAUCCGCCUCACCUCAGGGUUGCCAAGCCUGAACUGCAAUGGCUUUGGAGUCUCCUUCCUGUCCUGGGUCAUGGAUUCUGUGUCUGGGACAUCCGCUGGCAUAAACGUUGAGUAUCCUACU